UUGAUUGUGCUCGGAGAGAAAAAAUACUUCAACAAAAUUUCAAAAUCUUUGGAAUGAAUAACAGAAGCGGGUCUCCAUUACUCCCGGAGGAAAACACAUUUGGACGUUUCCAGUUCGUUUGGGAAGCCCCUGGAAUAGCUUUGACAAGCGUCCUGAUUCUUGCAAUCGCGGCACUAGUUGGGACCGCCGGAAACCUUCUGAUUCUAGUGUCCGUCUGUCAUACUAUCAAAAGAAAAUCCCUGGAGUUUAUUUUCGUGGGGAACUUAGCAGUGUCGGAUUUAUUCGUUACACUCAUUGUCGACCCUAUCAACAUAUUAGGAAAGCUGGAAGGUGAGAGAAUAUUCCACUAUGUACCAGGUUUCUGUCGUGCACUAGCUUGUAUGUGUACAAUAUCCUGCGUCAAUUCCCUGGGCUCCAUCGUACUCAUGAGUUCAAGCCGUUAUGUAUCCAUCUGCCACCAUAACCUGUACAAAAGAAUUUUCAAAAGAAGCACCUGCUUUCUGAUGUGUUUAAGCCUUAAUUUGAUUGGUCUACUGUUAAUUCUUUUGAAUUUGGCGGGAAUCGGAGAUCACUCGUUUGACCCGAAGAGUUUGGAGUGCAUCUGGGAUCGCAUGACAACGUACUACUACACGGUUUCUUUCACGGUCAUCUUUGUCUGGGUUCCUGUAAUCGUCACUGGAAUAUUUUAUUGCCUGAUUUUCAUUAAAUUUCGAGGUAGUAACAAAAGAAUCUCGCAUUCGACGAGUACAGGGCAUAACAAAAAGCCCAUGUAUCUCGCAAAGUCGUUAUUCUUGAUCUAUGCGGCCUUCACCAUUUGUUGGAUUCCCUACGCAGUACUCACGGUUGCCGACCGUAAUGACUUCUUUCCGUAUGAGAUUCACGUGCUCAUUACGACAUUGGCGCACCUGCAUCCUUCUUUUAACUGGCUGGUUUUGUACUACACAAACACACUAUUUCGCAACGCUUUCAACAAAUUGGUUAAAUUUGACAAGUGUUUUAAAAAAUUCUCGAACGAAACCAGUCAAGUAAGGAACGAAACCGUUGUAUCUACUGUUAUGACUUCUCACAAUUCUAAAUAGAUUGAAUUUUGUCACUCAAUUUUCUUUUAACGUACACAUAUUUUUGACACGACAUUCUUAUUAAAUAAAAGAAAGGUAUCUACAAUACACGAUACAAUAUAUUAGCAGAAACGAACAUUUGACCCAUGAUUCGUUUGCAUUGCCUUAUAUUAAAAAAAUUGAUGAUUGCGAUAAUUUGGAAAGUAUUAACAAAUCACGGAUGUUCCUGUAUAUUGUACUUUAUCUUCAAAGCAAAUUGAAGAAUUGUGAUUCACUAGAUUUUAGUAUUUGUUGUAGCUUCAAAAAACAUCUAUUUGAUGUAAAAUAAUUAUUGUAACAUAAUAUCGUAUUCUAAACAUGAUAUGAGACCAUAAUAAAGUAACGUAGCACUAUGUAAACUAGAUUUGCUUAAGUCCCUAUAUUGUUUUAAUGUUUUAAUUUUUUUUACAAUUGUCAAAAUAGACUGUAGUAAGGCUUUUAUAAUGGUUGGCAAACAAACUGACGUUUUUCAUACUAAUUGUUAGACAAUUAUUAAACACUUAAUUGUCUAAGCAUUUUUCCGUUUUUCAAAUUACGACUAAGAUCACACGGCGGUUUUUUAGUAUUCUGCUUUCUUCUAUUCUUCAAUUUUAUCAAACAUAAAGAGGCGUAAGCCCUGCACAGGGCUUAUCAGCCUAUUAAUAAAAUCUGCCAAUAUACGUCACCUUAAUUAGAAAGGUAUAACGACCUUUUCAUCAAUAUUAUUGUUUUAUUGUAGCUGUUACACUCCUAGUAUUUCCAUUUUUUCCCAUUUUUUUCUUAAAAUUGUGAAUUCACAUGGCUAUUCUACUCAAAAAUUAUAAUUUUUCUGUUUUAUCAAAUAUACAACAAUAAAAAAGAAAUUUAUCUGCUUAUUGAGGAAAACAAAACUGAGGACAGCAAUUUACCAACAACAAAAAAUUUCAAACAUCAGCAAGUAUGUUUACAAAUGUAACAUCAUUAAAAUUUAU